AGAGCAAAGCUGCAGGGCUGGGAAGGGCCCAGCACAUGGGGGACCACCAGUAAAGCUCGCUCUACAGCCACCGCAUGUCAGAGGCCAAGGACCAGCCAGAAAGGGGGCAGGAUGACGGCACCCUGGGCCUCCAGGGCCCCACGUAUGAGAACCGAGGGCCCAGGGUCCAGGGACCCCAAACUCCCCCUGAGGAGGUGACUGGGGAAGAAUUCGUGGACGCCCAGAACCCGGAGGAGGCCUUCGCGGAGCUGGAGAGGGUUCUGGAGAAAGAUGCGGAGGAGGGCAUGCCUGAGAUGAGCCGGCUGUCCACCUCCCAGAGGACCCCUGGCACCUCCGUGGGCUGGGAGAGGAGGAAGAAGAGGCGGCUGUUGGAGUUGGUGAAACCCAAGACCAACUGGCAAGUCUUGAAAGACAGGAUGGGGUGCUGCUGCAGGGGCUACGCCUAGAUCUCCCCCCACAUGAGGAACCUGCAGUUCUGUGUCUACUGGCCAUCUGUGUACUGGACAGAGAGGUUUCUUGAGGAUACCACCCUCACCAUCACGGUGCCCAAGGUGUCCCGCCGGUUGGCGGAGCUGGCCCGACCUAAGAGGUUCUACUCAGAGUAUUACAACAACAACAGGACCACCCCCAUCUGGCCCAUUCCCCGGUCCACCUUGGAGUACCAAGCGUCCGACCGCCUGCGGGAACUUGCCACCCCGAAGGUCCGGAGUAACAUCUGGAGUAUACACAUGUCUGAGGUGUCCCAAGUGUCCAGGGCAGCCCGGAUGGCCACCCCCAGUCUGAGGAUCAUCCAGCUGGCAAAGCCCAGGGCUCCAGCCGCCCUGCGGGAAGAGUGGGACCCCAUGCCAAAACCCAAGCCACACGUGUCAGACUAUAACCGUCUCCUUCACCUGGCCAUGCCCAAGCCCCAGUCGGACAAGUGUGUUUCUGACCGAGACGCACGCUGGGAGGUGCUGGAGGCCACCAAGAAGGCGGUGGCCAGUCCCCGCAUCGUCUCCCUGGCCAAACCCAAAGUGCGGAGGGACCUGAGCGAGGACUACGACCUGCGUCCCCUCGCCUGCAAGAGCUUGCCACCCCCAAGAGCAUCACCAAAAAAGCAUGAGCAGCCCAGGUCUGGCCCCUCAGCCCGUUCCCAGUAAACACCCAAGUGCAGCUUGACCCUGUGUGUGGCUCUGAUCACUUUGGCCUGGAGCCGGGAGGGCAGCGGGGGCCCGGAGGAGACAGUAAUAAUAAUGUUUAUGUUUGCAUCUAACCUGCAAUCCUGCAGCCCUUUUUCCCCAGUCACGUUCCCCUGGCGUCGCCAGCCCCUCGAGUGGCAGACUCCACGCUCUCCCACGUCAGAAUUUUCCCUCUGAACCACUUCUGUCCCAACUUGCUUAUCCAGCCGCAUCCUGGGCGUCCACAGCCCCUCAAACUCAGUGACCUCCGUAAGAAACCAGCUGAUGCCUGCUGCGUGAUGAUGAUCUUUGCAGUGACCCGACGGGGGGACUGUCAGUGUCACCCCUGUGCUGAGGUGGAGGCUGAGGGUCACAGAGUUUGUGAAAGACCCACCAGAGUUUCCCACGGCAGCUGGGACAACUCACCAUGAACCGGGGGCUGAAAACCACACAGAUGGGUUCUCUGACAGUCCUGGAGGUCAGGAGUCCGGCUCGGGUCUCACGGGGCUAAAUGCAGGCGUGGGCAGGGCCGGUCCUUCCGGAGGCUCCAACGGAGCAUCGGUUCCCACCUUUUCCAGCUUCUAGAGGCGCCGCAUCCCUGGCUCACGGCCCCCCCUGCAUCCUCACAGCCAGCAGCACAGCGUCUCCCGUCUCUCUCUGCCUCUGACCCUCCCGCCUCCCUCUUAUAAGGACCCUGGGAUGACGCUGGACGUCUCGGGGAAUCCAGGGUCAUCCCCGUCUCAGGAGCCUUAACUUAAUCCCAGCUGCAAAGUCCCCUCUACCCUGUGAAGCGACACAUCCGCAGGGCCCAGGAAGGACGUGGGUGUCUUUGGGGGCUCUUAUUCUGCUGAGCACAGUGGGAGAGAGAUCUUUUCUGUCUCUGCAACCCUAGAGAAAGUCUUGUUUAUCUCUGGCUCUGGCUGGACCACUUGGGGACUGAUUGCUGGGUCCUGAGGGUGUGAUGAUGUACUGACAGCCCCUCACAUCUCUCAGAGCCCAGCAAGCAUCAGGUCCCGAGCCACGAUCUGAGACGCAGUUAUUCCCAGACUCUUUGAGGACGUGGGUCCAAUAUCACUACACAUCCUUCUAAGAGGGAGGCCAAGGAAAUUGUGUGACACCAAAGCCACCCGCCGUGCUCCAGCCUGAAGAGGGAGGAGUGCAACCCUGAAAGGACCCACGGUCUCCUCUUGGGGCCUCGGGAGAGAGCGAGGCCCUGCUGACACCGUGAUUUCUGCCCCCCAGAUAAUGAGGGUGUGUUGUAUUAGCUACUGGAUUUGUGGUGAUUUGCCUCAGCGGAAGGAGGAAACCAGUGCAGAUUAGAAAUCUUAGAGGUUCCGUCUUUAGACGCUGGGUGACUGCAGUGCUGGCCAACACUGCAUGUCCACCAGUGGGGGAUGGUCAACCUUAGGGACCUGGCAAGACAAGACAAAACAACACAAAACUUUAAACCAGCCGAAUGUCCAAAACGACGUGCUCGUUCUCUUGUCAAAGACCUCCUCGCAUUUUAGCUUUCCUCUUCAAGCUGAGAAAAAACAAACUUCGUACCGCAUCUCCUGAAGAAACAAAAUGUAACUUUACCUACACUGAAAUCAUUAUCUCACGAUUUAAUGGGUCGAUAAAGAAGCGUGUAUACUGCCUGUCACCCAUGCGAUCCAUGGUCCGCUUUGUUGAGACGGAACAGACGGGAAAAUCGAUCCUUUUCCGGGUUUUACCAGCACUGACGCAGGUAAACUAGCCACCGCUGCAAUCAACAUACACAAGUUUCAUCUCCGCCCAAAACCCUGGGGCUGCUCUGUAUUCAGGCUGUUCUCCCACCUGGGCCCUGGCAGCCGCCCACUUGCUCUGUGUCCCUACAGGCUGGAGUUUCUAGGGCGCAGGUAAACGGGGCAGGUGUGCGGGCGGAGGAGACUGCGUGUGACCUUCUCACUCUCGGAUUUGAUGCUGGUUCACAGCUCAGGGUCGGGAUUUGCCCUGUGACCCACUCCGGGAUCACGCUGAGUUUGGCCCGUUUACAUCUCCUGAUAGGACCAG